GACGGGGAGAGGGGGUGCGGGUGUACCGGGAGGGCCGGCGCCGCGCUCGGAGUCACUCACUCGGUGAUCUUGGGGUCGAGGUUGCCGAUCCAGAGGCGGUGCCCGUCCUGCAGGGCGCCCUCGGAGAGGAUGGAGGCGUUCUCCAGCGGCAGCGUCUGGCGCCCCGGCUCCAUGGCUCUGCGGAGGGCACCAGUGAGUUAGAGAAGAGCUGUAAACGAUGGCUAUGGCACUAAGGUGCUUCCGUCAUCUGCCUUCCCUGCUUUAUCGUUCUUCGUUCACAACAAUACGGGGGCUGCCGCAGGCUCCUGCAGGCUGCCCAGCCCUGCUCCUGGAUGGCUGCAGGCAGUGUGUCCAUCAGAUGCUGCUGACCAGACAGCUAGCUACCAAAAAAGCUAAAGGUAAAGGGCAGAGUCAAGCCAGAGUGAAUAUCAGUGCUGCCCUAGUUGAGGAUAUUAUCAAUUUGGAGGAAACCAAUGAAGACAUGCAGGCAGUGGUAGAAGCUCUGAAAGAAGAUUUCAGCAGAAAUCUCAGUGUUAGAACGUCACCAGGGGCCCUUGAUCACAUAAUCUUGAUGACUAAAGAUGGGAAGUUUCCGCUGAACCAGCUGGGGCAGAUCUCACAGAAGUCACCGCAACUCAUUAUAGUGAACAUGACCAAUUUUCCAGAGAGCACAGCUGCAGCUAUGAAGGCUAUAAGGGAGAGCGGCAUGAACCUGAACCCAGAAGUGGACGGGACAAUAAUUCGGGUGCCAAUUCCUAACAUGCUGGGGUCUCUCCCUGUGAACGGGAUUCCUUUCAGAUUAAACCAGAGAGGUACCGUCUGGGCGCGCACCGAGUGUUCCCCCACUGCGCACGCGUGUUCUGUUCCUGGGACCGGGCUGGACCCUGUGGCGAGCGAGACCUCCCAGCAGCUCCGCUCGUACCGUGCUGCGCAACUCGCUAGCGUAGACACGGCCUCUAACAGGGGCAGUAGCACUGCUCACCCAGGUUUGGGUGGUGCAAGGAAAAUUCACGAGUUCCUGUGGGUGCUCGAACCCCGCAGCAAUGGAGCCAUCUAAAUACCCUGGACCGAUGUGGAUGUACAUGGUCUCACAGCCUGGGCUUACAUGGCACUGGGGUGCUGCGAACAAUUCCCACAAAGGGUAAAGACAGCUCUGUACGCUGCUUGUGCGCACAAACACCUUGCACGUGCACUGCAUUUUACAAGCAGGUGACUUCUCAGUAAAGAUGAACCAAGUAUUUCUUGUGCUUUAGAUCUACUUUAAAAAUUCUAUGGAAUUUUAUCUAGCAUUUUGAUCAGAGAAGUCUAAUUGCAGCUUUCCAUUGCUGUCGGUGAGAGGGAAUGACAUUAUCAUUCUAUUUGCUGAUUUUCCUUUCCCGUGUUCCCUGCCCUUCCCCCAUUCCUCAGGAGAGGAGGCAGAGGAGGAGGACGGCACCAUUAUCUUCAUAAUUGCUGAGGCUCCCGGGUUGCUGCACAGUGGUUUGAUUGUUAAUGGGCACUUGGGUCAUCCUUGAAUAUGAAUUGCAGGGGAGGAAACUCCAAAACUGCAAAUCCCAAUCUUUUAAAAAAUACUGUUUUUUAAACAAACAUGUACAGUCUGUCACUAUCUUUUGUGGAGCUGCAGAGCGAAAACAAGUCUUCUCUCCCCAGGGAAGAUCUGCCUAGUGUGCUCCCUUGUUCCUCUGGUAUGUAAGGGUUGCUGCUCCUGGCCCCUUUCCCCCUGGCUGCUUGGCAGCCCCCGGGAGUCCUGAGUUAAAGAGGUUUUCAGAGGUUUUUGGCUUGGGAGACGUGCCCUGCAGAUCUGCCCUCGCAGGCACCUUCACUCCUGUUCACUCACCCGCUCUUCAGUAACACGAGUGGGUCUUUCAGAGUUUCAUCCGUUUAUCAAAAAGACAAGUGGUCAGUUUCAACCUUUUAAAACCUUCUAAUGCAAAGCAGGGCAGAAAUAAUAAAAUUCUGCUAGAGGGCUCUCUUAUAUGCCUGAAUUACUUUUAAAAAUUUUCUAAGUUUUUCAUUUGCCCAACUCUAAAGGUGUUUACAAAAGAAUAUAUGACAGACAGAUGCAGUGAAAUUGCCAAAAUUAUGGCAGGUGUCCAAAAUGAGCAAACAAAUCAGAAACGAAGAGACAAUAUUGUUUCUGCAGAAAUUGGCUCUUUCAUGAGGGGAGGCACAGGAAAAAUAAAAUCAAACCUGAAUUGUCCUUACCUGUCAUUAAAAACACUUUUUAGUCUGACCCAUCAAGCUGGACACAUAUGCAUCAUAUUUUGCCUUAUGCAGGUCCAGCUAUGCUUCAGUGAUUGAGAGUGUUUCAGCUGAGCAUUUUAACAUGGAGUUUACUUUUCAGUAUUUACUCUAUUAGUUUAGAUUUUGCAUUGCAGUUUUAACAGAAAAAAUACACUCGUUUCGUUCAUGUUUACUUCUGCCGCCUGCUAGGAUCCCCUCUGCUCCCCAAGGCAUUCGCCUGUUUGUGUUGCUAGCACUGCAUAGGCAAUAUUUAUUUGUGUAAAAAGUAUUCUCUGAGGGUUUAAAAAAUAAAAAAAAAAAAAAAGAAAGAAAACCAGCCAUGGGAACAUUUGUAUUGGUUGAUCUCUUGGCCGAAUUUGACCUGACCUUGUGUCUUUUAUGGUAUUGCCUCAUUUUUAGAUUCAUCUUUUUUGGACCCAUUGUGUUACACUGGAUAUUGUUUGUAAAUUAGUAAUAUUUUUAUACAUGCUUUACUGAAAGCCAGAUGACUCAUUUGAAAGUUUAAUGACUCAUUGUGAGUUUUUUUUCCUUUGCCCUUUAAGAAAUAUGCAAAGAUACCUACUAUGGGGAGAAAGGACUAAAAAAAAUUUCAUUUGAAAAAAAACCCAAAGCUGUUUCUCAGCUGCGUUGCUCUGGAUCGCCCAUCAUCAGAAGUCUCUUGCUUGCUUCUUGUUGAGCAAUAUAUGUUGCACCCUGUGUUUAUCUGCAAUUACGCAUGCAGAGUAUUUAGUUAAGCCUACUUUCCUUUAACUGAUCUCUCUCCUUCACAGGAAAUUCCUAGCAUUUGAGGUACAGAAAUUACUCUUACCCGCAUAAGCGUCUUGCGUUGGAGACGAGAUGUGGCCUGUGUCAUCCUCCCUGUGGGUCUGCUCCUGCUGUAUGCGGGGAGAGGAGCAUCCAAGGGUUGCAGUGCUUAAACCGCUGGUCUCUGGGGGAAGCAGAAAAAGAGGAGAUGUUACCCGUGGGGCGGUGUGUGUUUCUGAACACCCUGGCACGUCAGUCACUGGGCUCUGUCCUGAUCCUGCCAGGGCAGGACCGUCCCCGGGGGAACGGCAGGAUUUGAGCCCGCUGCUCCUUGAGCUGCAGGGGAGGGCGGCAUUCCCGCAGGGGAGAGCAGAAGGGGCGACAGGGAGGGACCUUGUCCUCAUUCCCCACUUCUGGCACCCCUUCCCCAGGUUCAGUUCGUGCUUUUUUUUGGCUUUAAAGAGGGAGUGGGGGCAAUGGUUACUAGACAGAAAAGAAAACAUAUCUAAGAACAGCUUAAAAGUCCCAGAUCUGGGGGCAGGAUUAAACAACUGUCCUUAGAAACCGUGGGCCUGGCUUGUGUUGAUGGAUUCCUUAACCAGAAACAGCAUCUGCUUGAAAAAGUGUCCGUUUCUGGCAUUGUUGGUAGCAUUGCUGAGAAUUUACACACAGUCUGGCUGGAACAUAAAACCCUCUGAGAAACUCCACGGCACUGCGCAGUGAUAAAAAGAAAUUGGUGUUAAUAAAGACAGACAAGGAGGCAUGAAAGCUGUGACCCUAUGCCAAGAAGCAUAGGAAAUCUGGCGGAGCUGCAUAAACAAAAACAUUUCCUUAAAGGCUCGGCAGCCCCAAGGAGGCAAGUGAUACCCUCGGCACAAUUUGCAAAAGCUGAGCAGGGGCGGGAAGGAGAAUAGCUGACAGCAAGCUCGGUCUCCCAGAGCUGAGGCAGUCCUGCGGUGGACCGGCUUGCCUCGCCACCCAGCAGGAGAUGGGAGAGAUUUCUAGCUCCCUCCUCCAAGUUUAGCAGCUGGGAUUGACUCCCCACCCCCCAAAAAAGCUGCCUGAGAAUCUGACCUCACCCGGACCUCUGUUUGCGAGCCGGCUUUGCUGGUUUCGCAUGUGCCACGGGACCUCUGGCUGGGGAGAUUGAACACGAGAAGCCCUAAAGGCAGUGAUGUUGGGAUGCAGAGGAAACCACAAGUAACCCCGCUCACUUCUAAUUAGGGGUUCGGUCCAGGCUUGAGCCUCUGCUAACCAGAAGCCUCUUGCCACACAUGAAAUUCGCUGGCCAUGUCCCUCGGGCUGGACAGACUGGGGGGGCCGAGCCACUGCCUGCGGGGUGCCCCGGCUGAGGGCAGCAUGCCUGCGAGGGGACACCGGGGAUGCCGGGGCUGGGUCGUUGCUCAGCUUUUCUAGCGAUCCCCAAUUCCUGUAAUUACUAAUCGGUUCUGGGAAGCUAUUCCUUCUUGCACCGUGAAAUAAAGAUGACUGGUGAGAGGCCAGCGCCUCUGCAGACAUCUGCUGCGAGCGACCUGGCUGCCGAGGGAAGGUAUCGGCGCGUGUGCGGCUUGCCGGGCCGAGCACAAGCUGAGGAAGGGCUGAGGGUCCAGUCGUGCCCCGAGAGCCUCCCCGUAACGCACACCCGUGCAGGGGCAGAGCUGCCUUGGGAGCCCUCGCUCCACGUUUCCUGAGCUCUCUGCAGGAAGAGUCUUGGCCUCAGUGUUUUGGUGACCCAGGCUGUUGCAGCCAAUUUCUAAAUACUCCUGUGAAAUGUUUAUUUUGCAAUAUCUUCUGCGAGCAGACGGGCGCUCUCUUGCUAGUGAGUCUCAGGGAGCGCACCGGGGUUUUUCAUUCUCAAGGCGGUCUGGAAACUUCAAUAGCCAUGAAAAUAAUUAAAAUAUUAUUGUUAAGCACUAGCAGUUGAUGUUGACAGUGAUCAGCUGUAGGUGCUGGAGCAUUACCAGAGCAGAGGUGACACAUCAGCCAUUCCUGUGCCUUAUUCAGAUGGCCAGACUCCCUAAUCACCUGCAGUUUUUAGUAUGGGGUGGAAAGUAGCAGGUUUUCUUGUGGGACCACAGCAGUAAGUGGCCCUGCGUCAGGGGGGAAGGUGGACCUGAAGUUCUCCUGGGCCGAGUUACCUGUGGCUAGCCAUGUCUAGCAUCGUCUUCUUGUCAAACAGGCAUUCACAUCAACUUGGUGGAAAAACCUGGUCGUGAUGAGCUGGAAUAAGGUUGAGCGAAACAUAAGCGCUGUAGCUUCCAGAUACGUAAUUCAGGCUCUUCAGUUGCAGGAAGACGAUGCUGAGUUUCAGGAAGGGACGGAGGUUUCCUCCCAGCUUUGCAGGGUUACACUUUCAGCUCCAUCUCUCAGGUCUGGAGCUGGAUUUUCCCUCUUUCCCACAGAUGCUUUGGCAACAGAAAAAAGGAAAGUCUGAACAUUUCAGCAUGACUUUCAGGCACUGCAGUGACAACUAUAAAACAAGUCAGAUUCAGUCCAAGUCCCUCAGCUUAGGGCUGUGCUGGGAACUUUCCAUUCUAGGCUCAAGACUUGGGGUGCACAGCCUUGGUGAUGCUGCGCAGAGAUGGCUGAUUCACUCAGGUGGACCAAAGCAGGAUAAAAACAUGCCCUGAGCUGUUAAGUCCCUCUGCCCUUGUGACAUAGGGCCUCCACACAGAACGAGCUCUAUCUUAUCUAUCUUUUAGGUGUCCCUGUGCAGCCCAGCUCAGUACUGCACA